GUGAUAAAGUAGAGAGGCUGCCAGUGUAGAACUGGUGUGCCUUUCAAAGACAAAAGAAAGUGAGGCGGACUCCGCCACAGAGCUCUAAUUGGACACAAAGAGGAAAACAUUGUCAAAAUUUUAUCUAAAACUACAAAAAGUAGAAUUAAGAAGACAAACCGAGUAGAUGAACAUGGAUCAAAAGACUGUGGAUCUAAACACUGCCUCACCAGAUAUCAACUUGGAGAAGUUACACAAGAUGGCUGCAGAGCUGAUACUGCCGGGAAAAUUCAUCCUCAGGCUCCUGAAUGCUGCUCUGGUGUUUGUAACAAACUUGCUGGCCAGAAUUUUAGGAAGCAACCUGGUCAGAGGACAUUUCCACCUGGUGCUGUCUGGUUUGGUUCUGUUUGGUCCCGUGUUGAGUUUCUGGGUGUCAAAGUACAGCAUCUUCGCAAACAGUAACCACUACCUGUACAGGAAGUUCCUCAAGUCCACUUGGGGUUGGACCAGCAUCUUCACUGGUUCCUUCAUCCUUCUCCUCUGCGUCUCUGCCCGUCACUCCGCCUCUCUCCUCCUCCGCCACCUCUCUCGGGUGGGGGUUGCUGGGCUGCUAUGGUGGGGCUGCCGGCGUCUCCUGGCUCUGCUGGAGGACGCAGCGGGAACCUGUUACGAACCUAUGGCCCCCGCCCAGGAUAUCCCUGGCACGGCCUCCUCACUACAGCCCCUGCUGCUCCUGCAUGAAGACCAGACAAAGGCCUCCUGCCUCAAAGCCAACAUGAUGUGGAGAGGUUAUGAGGUCUCCCAGGACGUCCUCAUCCUCUGCUUGUGUUGCCUGCUGCUUGUCGAGGAAAUGUCAGUCUUUGGUCCUCACCUGGCUCAAGCGAAGCCUCCGCAGGGGUCGACUGGUGCCCCUUUAAGGUUCAUCUUCCUCCUGUGUGUAGUCCUACUUGCUGUUUGGAUGUUCCUGCUGCUGUGUUUGCUGGCACACUUCCCCCAGUUCCCCUCCCAGCAGCUGGGAGGAGCUCUGGGCUACCUGGGAUGGAGAGGCCUCUAUCAGGGAUGGUACAGACUCAAACCAAGCUGGGGUUGUCCUGGUUUGCCAGGAGAAGGACUUCUUACCAACACAGACAUCGAAAAAUAGCCUCAGUAGCAUGAAAUGCUCAGUAGAUGGUGUUUUGGGCAUGUGACUGUGACCAUAAAGUCUCAGGCUCAAGUUUUGGAAAGUAAAAAUUAGAUCUCGUUAUGGUUGUAAAGAGAAUCUCUGUAUAUUUCCUGUAAACACCCUUCCAAACACUUCAUAACUCUAGCAUCAUAUGAAUAUAAAGGCUACUUUCAUUGUAGGGCACUAUUAGUCUAAAACUAGAUUUUGAAUUCCUUUGUGGGGAAAAAAGAAGUGCAGACGGGAUUACUGGAAUCACAUUGCUUUAUUUUGUAAUCUGAACCAAAAUGAAUGCACAAUAAGAAAAAGAAGACAUUUUUGUCAGAGCAGGUGUGUUGUUACUUGAUGAGUGUCAUACUACACUAGUUGUAUCUUGUUAAGAGUGCUGGAGCCAGUUUCAGUAGAUGAGAGCUUUGUCUCCUCUGGGCUUCUUAAUCUUGUCAUAGUUCUUGUUAAUGAUGUCAAACAGCACAGCCUGGUGAGAGAAACGCAGAGAGGAGACAUCAGUGGAAAUGUAGCGGCAGAAAGAUAAGAGGGGUGUGUGUGUGUGUGUGUGUGUGUGUGUGUGUGUGUGUGUGUGUGUGUGUGUGUGUGUGUGUGUUUGUGUGAGAGAGUGAGUGAGUGAGUGAGAGAGCCAUGAUCGUGUCGAACAGCUCCUUUCAUCAUCACCUGUACCGCCUUGUUCAUUAACAGCAUCAAACACAGGAGGACAAUAGCCAGCGGAAGGAGACAAACAGUGAUUAAUGGAUGGGAGAUGCAGCACCAAUCAAUUUAACACAAGCACAGCAAUUACUUUAAUUACCCUCCUAUUACGAAGGAAUGGAUUCCACUUAGCAACCGUCCCUGCUGCUGGGACACGGCUGGAAUAUUUUAUAGAUUAUAGAUGGGUAGUUUUAUUCAAAAUACAGAGCAUGAUUACAACAGAUGGGAUAUGAAGUUUGAUACAUUUCAUAUUCAGAAGACAUGUACGCAGUCUUUAAUGAGGUCAGUUUUUUUAUCAGUUGGGUGUUGACAGUUUUUAUCCAAUUUUCAGACAAACGCAUUUCUGAAACACACUAUUUUUGCAACGUAGUCUAACAGUAAACAACAGGCGGUAGAUGUCUUACAUAUGUGUUGCAGAUGUCCAGGACCACAAGGCGGAGCUCACAGUACUGAUACUGGUCCAACUCAUGAACCAGCUGUCUAUAGUCUCCCUGCAGAAGGAAGCACACAACACAGUUUAUUUGCAAAAACAUACAGGAGAUGACACAUCCAGUGUGUACCCAGAACAUUGCUCUUAAUCGCUUUUAUUUUACACACAAUUAGAGCACACAGCCUGCAGGUGGCAGACAGCGAACAUCCACAUCUUCAUUUAUUCUAUCAAGAUACACAACGUGAGAUACUGACCACAUGGGGUUGUUUGGAAGCUUUGGCCACAGCGUCACCUCUCUCGGUGUAAUACCUAACAAAGAGAAGAAAGGGAGGUUAUUGUCAUUCAUUUAUAACAAUGUUCGGCAGGAUCAUUUACUACCUAACGUCCUUUACAACCAUUAUAAUUAUAAUCAAGUUAUAAUUGUGAUAUCUAACAAACCCACAGACCAAUUUUGAUUAAAGCGAGCUAAAAUGCUAAGCUCCUGUAGCGUAAUGAAGUCCAUAACCUACCUCAAUAAUGUCUGUUACACAGCAAUAUUUACUUUGUGUGAUAAAAUUAGCCACCAUAAGCUACUGAUCAUACCUGAACAAGUUGUAACAGCAAACCCUUUGAGUGCACUGUACUGAGCAAUUGUGUGUUUAUUGCGUAUGAAUUUUAAUUUGAAAGUGGAACAUUGUAUCAUUUCUUCUCUCAAAAGGUGCAUAGCUUUGCUUUAAAAUUAAGGGGUUCUUACAAUUCACACUGAGAUGCAUAAACUCAUUACAAUGACUUUCCUGAAGGGAGCUUUAACAUUCUGAGAGCCCCUGAAGUCCUUAAUAAAGAUAUGCUCAGUUAUUAUGAAUCUCUUUCCAGGAUGUGUGCAGUGCAUGACUGAUUAACAGCUCACUGACACUUAUGUUUUGUUGCACCUGUUUGUGCUGAACAACUAACACAUAUGACACUGAGCUGUAAAUGAUGUUUGAUGAUCUCCACAAAUUCCUGUGCCCAACAGAGAGCUUUAGAGCUAUGUCAAACACGCCAAAAUAACUGAACACCUGUGUGGGUGGAUUGAAGGGGGACAGGGACAUGAGCAGCUACUAUUACCAGCAAUAAUGAAAGAGACGACAUAUCUUUGUUAGUGUGGCUGCAUUGAAAUAAA